CUCUCUCUCUCUCUCUCUCUCUCUCUCUCUCUCUCUGUUUUAGGGUUAAUCCUACACAAUAAUGCCUCUCUCUUAGGGUUUCGAUCUCCUCUCGGAUCUACCCGGCUUCGUCCCAGAGGUACAAUUCUGGUGCUUUCCUCUUCGUUUCAGAAAUUAGGGUUUCGAUUUGUUGGCAAUGGCGGUGUUUCUUUGAUGAUGCCCUGAUUUACUCGAUGUUGAUGGGGGAGUUUUGGGGCCUGGGGGUUCGGUUUAGGGUUUCCGCGAUGGAGAAUUGCUGGGAUUUCUUGCAAUGGCUCGGCCCCGACGCGUCGACGUGCGUGUUCGCGUCUCUCGACGACCCGAGCGAUCUCGUGCGCGCGAGCGCCGUCUCCCGAUCCUGGCGCCGAUUUGUUAUUGCGAAUGGUUUUAGUAGGAGUCUAUGCAGAAGAAUUUGCCCAGAGGUAUCUAACUUUACUCGUGCUGUCGAAGUAAGUAGUUCGGCCAUGAAUCAGGAAGUUGGGUCUAGCACUGCUGUGGAAUGGGAAAGCCUGGUGAGAGAACACAGGAUAUAUUCGUAUCUUUGUCGCUGCCUUGUCUCACCCGAAGGUAGCAGUGAUUGCAUUGAUCGCUGUAUUGGUGCUUCCAGCACUGAUAAUUUUCCAGAUGAGAGCAUUGAAAAUACAUUGGAACCAAGUGAUCGAGUGUAUAUGAGACCGUCCUAUUGGUCAAGUGGGGGAGAAGCUGAUCCUCAAGUGCCCGAAAGUCUUAUUUAUAGGUUGGGAUCUGAUUUGUGUGUUGUUAAUGAAAUCAAGAUACAGCCAUUCAAAGGUCAGUCCUUGGACUUUUUGACUUUUGCAAACACAUAUUUACUAUGUGGUCAUGUAUUGGUUAAGAUCUUUUUCUUAUUCGUUUGCUCAGCAUUUUUCCAACAUGGUGAUCCCAUAUAUUCGGUGAAGUUUGUGCGCUUCCGGAUGGGCAAUUCCAAGUUGCCCCUGAGGUCAGAAAACUAUGUUACGGAUGAGAAUGAAGGUCAGGCAGCAGCUGAUGACAACUUUGUAUGGACGUAUAUUUCGCCUGAAUUUCCAAUGUUGCAGGAAAGUGUUUUGCAAUCUUUCAAACUUCCUCGCCCUGUUCUUUGCAUUGGAGGAGUUGUGAAGAUUGAACUAUUGGGUAGAGUUCAGAAACAAGCCAUGGAUGGUCUAUAUUACAUAUGUGUGAGCCACGUUCAAGUGCUUGGGCGCCCGCUUUCACCCAAACUAGCUCUCGACACCUCAGAGGCUUCCGGUGCUUCAGUUCUCAAGUACUUCCCAGUUGAUAGCAGCAGCGUGGCACCUAAUGGUGCUUCAAGGGAUGAUGAGGCUAGGGAGCCUUCAAGGUGGCAUGCUUUUGCCGCUACACUCAGGCAUUUGCGAGCCGGAGGGGCAUGGAACCAGGCCAUCCUUAACACACUGCUACGGCCCGUACAGUUCGCCGAGGAAGAUGAUGACUCUGAUGAAGAAGAACCCUACGCCUAAUACAUCAUGAGUGCGAGACGAGUAGAAUGACCAUCUUAUAUCUCCCUUUUUUCCCCGUCAAGUAAUUAACAGUGGCUAAAUGCACAGUAACUUGUUGUGCUGAAGCAUCUUUUGGCAAAUAUACACCUGAGUACUAAGAACAGUAGCUUUUUUCUUUAUCGGAUAAUUUAAACUGCUUGGUUAGUAUGAUCUUCUCUAAGUUUUUUCGCA